UCGUGUGUGCUAUAUACACACGACCCUUUACCUUUUAAACCUAGAACUCACAGACGUCUCCAUAAGUGGACAGUUGCCUCUGGAGUUGACAGGUGAUAAGAUUGGGCAUCAGAAAGUGGUUCAAUAUGGAACAUAUAAUCACAGGAUUGCUUUUUGCUGGAUUACUCUUUGGUUGUUCGAGCGGCUGUAGCUUACCAAACUACCUGAUAGGUGACUGGGAGAGCAGUGAUGUUGGAACGCUUACUUUCAACGACACAGCAUUUGGUCCGUAUACCGUUGGCUCGUUUGGUGACUAUUACUUCGAGUGCUACUCCCAAUUGGAACAAAAUACGUUGUCAGGUCCACGCAAACCCAAGUAUAUUCUGACGGCCGAUCAGUAUUUUUAUCUGUGCCUAGAUCUACGUUACCAGUCCAACAACAAAUACAUUUACUAUCUACACACAAGUCAAGAGAAUGCUGCUUCUAACCAGAGAGUCAAGAUUGUGCAGGCCUCUACCACUCCCUCCGGUAUAUGUGACGACAUCCGGCCUGAGCAUACUUAUUUCAUGCUGCUGAAAGUCGGUACUGAAUCAUCAGAGAAAGUGGUCUGUCCAAGCUGGUUUUUGACAUCGUUCAACUACACCGCAACGGGCUCAACCUGUCCAAGCACAUCUGGCACGACAUGUAACGACAAUGCCAUCGUAUCCUACAACACUACACUCUGCAACUUACCGUUACUCUUGUCACAGGAGGGAUCCCUCGGCUGCAUGUACCACAAAUCCAUUGGGAGCACAAACUAUUUGACUCUCUACAAUUAUGAUACCGUGCCAAUAUAUAAAUUCGUGUGUAUGGUAUCAAACACUACGGGCUCCAUCAUUCAGGCCACUCGAGAACCCAACGUCUGUGGCGAUUCACAAACCCCAGUCGGUAGCAUACAGCUGGAAUUAGAGAUCCUGAAUACGUGUCCAAUUGUCACAACCACCUUGGCACCCGUGAAAAACUCUGCCCACCGCGUACCCUCUGCUAUCAGCUUGUUAGCCUGCCUGGCGUGCCUGGCUAUGACUCGGCGGUACUGAUGGGAAGAGAUCAGGAACUGUGGGCUAGUACAGACUCUGCUCCAGACGUCUUCCAUUGCCACAUCUGACUGCCGAGAAUCUGUGAUAGAAGUACAGGUUGUAACUACCUUGUGCUAUGGAUGACAUUCACCGCAGAUAAGAUGAAGGAGAACAAAUCAAAUACAAGUCCAGAAAAUGUUCAGUAAAUGCACUUUAUAGAAUUAAAUAUUGGUGAACAAUACGAUACUGUUUGUCAAAUGAGUACAUGUAUAUUUUAAGAAUGGCUGUAUAUAAUCACAUGUGUAUUUGUAUUUGUACAUAUGUUAACAUUGUUUGCUAAACUUUUGAUCAUAUCUAUUUUAUACCGUUUUUUUUUACAAUUAUGUUAAAUUAUUACCACAACAUUACGAGAAGCGAAAUUUCUUGUAAUAUAUAUCGACCACGGUGGAUUAACAUUUUAUAUUAUCUGUUGUUAUUGGUUACAUUUUCAAAUGUACAUAUCGUCAUUGGGUUUGUUCAGUGACAUUUUCCGUCACCUUCCAUCAGGGAUAUGUACGACAGACUGUCUAUAGCGAGGCCGUGCUGUUACAGUCAUACACUGAUCAUAAAGCGCAUUUGUAUAUAUAGGACAUCAUCUACACCAUGCUUGCCGUGAAAUACUGUGUGCAGUUUUAAAUACAUAUUUUCAGUGAUAUUCAUGCUGUUUAUGUCUUCAUUAGUAUACGUGAAAUUGUGGCUCAGAAUAAACAUUUUAUGUUUGUGCA